AUUCAUGGCCAUUCCCAUUUCCCAAUAGUUGGUAAAUACAUCCAACAUGAAGACACAUUGGAGUCCCAAAGAGUCGCUUGCAACGUAGUAUUCUUCCAUAAAGUCAAGACGAUAGAUAAGGAGAGAAGGAAGAAGUUGAUGGAAAAGUGAGCGACAAAUGUUCACAGAGAAUAAUCAAUCACAUCGAAUGAUAGCAAAUGAUAGUGGUUCGAUAUCACUGAGAGACAUUGAAAUGUUAAACAUAAUGCUUCGUCAUCGCACAUAUAUUACCAGUUAAUGUGACUGCUGUAUUAGAGUAAUUAAUCGUGUUCAUGGGUUAUGAUUAUUCGAUUAUUGAAUGGAUUAAACAGUGUGCGGAGUGAGGCUAUUUAACAAAAAUUAGGCAUUUUAUUGAAUUGGAGGGCUUGGAGGGUUGAUGACUGUUGAUUUAUUCUGAUGUUUAGAGAUAAUUGAAGGAACGUUGACAAAGUGUUGAAUGAAAUUUGAGAUAAAUUUUUUGGUGCGGUUACAACCCCGACGAAACGUAACUUCCACCUAGCUUUGAGUCGUGAUUUAUAAUUAAAAAAGUGGUGCUACGGUAAAUUUCAAAAUGGCGUUUGCGGCUGCACGGAUGAUCCUCAAGGACAAACGGCGAAAGGCGAGCAAGGAGGAUUUUACACCGAGAAACAGAAGCAAGGCUCGCAGCGCCAGUACAAGUAGCUUUAGAAGCCUGAGUCAGGCACGUAACAAACCUGCGGAUGGAGUAGGUCACGUUAAUCAAAAGGGUGCCUCGGGACAAAAAGCUCCCCUGACCGGUGGUCAGAAGGGUGCGCCUGGUGCCAAAGGUCCGGGAAAACCAGCCCAAAAACCAAGUGCACAAAAAGGACAAGUCAAGGUCACACCCAAAGCGGCUUCAGUCAAAACUGGGAAAAACAAGAAGAAGGGACAGAGACAGCAGUAUGAUCUGAUAGUCACUAUCAAUUUGUCGGAGUAUGGACUCACGGAGGACCAGGUAGCAGAAUUUAAGGAGGCAUUCAUGCUAUUUGACAAGGAUGAGGAUGGUACGAUCACAAUGGCUGAGCUCGGAGUUGUCAUGCGAUCUCUCGGUCAGAGACCGUCAGAAACGGAACUUCGAGAUAUGGUUAAUGAAGUCGAUCAAGAUGGGAACGGCACCAUCGAGUUCAAUGAGUUUCUUCAGAUGAUGUCGAAGAAAAUGAAGGGAGCGGAUGGUGAAGAUGAACUCCGGGAAGCUUUCAGAGUCUUCGAUAAGAACAAUGACGGAUUGAUUUCUUCAAUGGAACUGCGACAUGUGAUGACGAAUCUUGGUGAGAAAUUAUCGGAGGAGGAGGUUGAUGAUAUGAUCAAGGAAGCUGACCUCGAUGGAGAUGGAAUGGUCAAUUACGAAGAAUUCGUGACAAUCCUGACGGCUAAGAAUUAGUUCGUACGCCAGAAAAACAAUCGCAACUUGAGUAAACGACGAUAAGCAAUACUGAACUAAAAGAAUUAUAUUACUCCUGGUGUGCUUUGAGAACAAUAAACUCACAAGCCCCGAAAAAAAAAAUAUGAAGCUAUCAUAACCGGGUGUAUCUCUACCACAAGCCGAAUAUCUCGGCAAUCCGCCAUUUCUCAGAAACGUGACUAGUUUUCGACGUAAUUUUCGACGUAAUGAAUCGUCGUCUCUUCGCGUUAGGGAUUCACUGGAAUUAUUUAAUCAAGAUGUAUAAAUACGCAGAGCAGAUAGGAUUACUUCGACAUCCACUGAGAACGUUUCUCCAAUAUCUGUUUGACUAAAUCAUGAAAUCUGCAAAAUUACACAAAUUCCGUACGAGAAUCAACAAAUUAACAAACUUCACGCUAUGCUACGUUGAACUAUACAUUUAUAAUUCAGCAGUCUCACCAGACAAACAUAAAAUAAUAUAUGGACACUGUCUCUACUUAUUUUUUAAAAUGAAAAAUAAGAGGAAAUUCAAUUAUAUUUUAAGAUAGUUCAUUAAAUUUAAGAACAAGGUUGCCCCUGAAACAAUCAACUGAGCUUCGGUUAGCAUGUACUUACGUGAAUGACAUCGGAGAUUAAAAAUCGUUGAAAAAGAGUGUUUGAUAACGAUUACUCAAUUGACAGAAUUAUGAAUUGAUAAUUUUCAUUGGUAUACAUAUAACAAUUUUGCCGAAUUGAUAAAGGCACUUCUCGGGAUUUGAGAUAUUCAGAUAACGUAAUAAUAAUUUUUAUACAAGAAUAAAUAUUGGUGGCGCAUAUUCUAUCUUUUGAGAACGUUACAAAUUUCGCUGAUAUCUAAUAUUAAGAAUCUGCACAAUUGCAAUUGUUUUCUUUCAAUGAAUAUACAUUACACCCUGAGGGGUGGCCAAAUCGGAUGACUCGAAUGAUUUAAGAACGAGAUGAGACAUUCUCAAAUCCUGAGAAAUGAUUUUCCGAGGAUUCAGCAUUCAAACAAUUCAUUUCCCACUCGGAAUAUUCUUGCGCAAGAAAAUUUAUUAUUUUCAAUCCCUCACACUGAUGAUUCUACCCACCAUUACAUCGCGCAUUCAAUUAACCCGAUUAUUCAUGAACUCAGACACUGAAAUAAAAUAAUUAACUGCGAGAAGUGGUGGAAAAAUAAUAAUGGCAUACAGUAGUAAGCAGUUUGAUUUAAUAUGUGAAUCGCAGCGUGAGUAAUGAGAAAAUAUUAAUGUUAAAAUAUUUUGAUGGGCGAAAAUAAAUACGCCGAGUGUGCGCCAAGUCAAAAAAUCAUGAAGACGGAAAAAACGAUCACGAAUGGAACCAGCAAACAGAACAUGCUUCAACGGAUUAAAUAGUAUAUACUAUUUCGAUGAAACGUACAUAUGGAAUGAUGGAAAAAUACCGUUGUCGUCAUCGGUAACGUCGAUGAUUCAACAGAGAUAGACAAUAAUGUUCCGUUCACUCUGAUGAUUGAUUAAGAGAAAUAUAUAAUAGAUAUAUUUACAAAUUGAAUUGGUAUCAUAUUAAUAUUUUACAUCAUCAUUGUAUGAGAAUCAAGAUCACUGAGAGAUACCGAAGGUAGCACAGCGGUUAUGAAAUGUUAAAUUAUUGAAAUGCUACCAUCGACGUUUCCGGUUAUCUCUUCGGGGUUUAUACGUUAGAUUAAUGAUGUUCAAUGAUGUUCAAUGAGCGGGUAACAUAUUUGAAGAAUAGUAUAAGGUUCAAUUGAAACGACAUAUUGACGAAACAAUAUAAAUGGAAAAUAUGAUGUACCUCAAAAGACAUUUCUGGAAUAUAAAAAUGGAGAAAGGGAUGUAUUUUUUCUCAAGAGUUCAAUGAGAUCAAUCAGAGAUUGUGGAGACUAGGGGGAGAUAAUCGCGAUGAGCCAACUCAAAUAGUAAUUCAUAACGUCCCAAUGACAAUAUAUGACAGAUUUAAACAAAAAUUACAUCUAUCCGAACGGGUUUAUGCCUGGACGGCCUAAGUUUAUCGUUUCCAUCCAAAAAAUAAAAAUGGUUGAAAAAAUAGGAGUAGCGGAGGAGAUAUGAUUUGAAUGAAUUUCAUCAGUCGAUUUUUUGUAUUUAUUUUGAUAAUUCGAUAUGCCUAAGUGAAUAUUUUUGCUUGACGUGUUAUUUAUUGCCCAAUUGGCCAGUAAAGAGGCCCAGAAAGUGUUCACUGUUUUUUGUCAGACAUAUUGUGAAGAGUUUACGGUUUAAUAUGGCUAUCAAUGUAUUUUUUGCACGAAAUUUAUAAAAACAACAAUAACAUGAUUUUUAAUGAGAUUACGGUAAGUAUUAAUUAUUGAACACGUUUCACCAUUCAAUCUAUGAAUAUUCUAUCGAAUUAAUUUAUUCAUUGAUAUUAUGUCUGCGUGUUCACCGUUUAAAUUAUUUAUCAAAAUAUAAUGACAUGGAAAGAAUUGUAAAACAUAAUUACGAUAUAUUUAUAAAUGAAAAAUCCGGCCGUCGUGACUAUCCAGUGUUUUAUGAAUCAAUGUAAUUAUUUAUAGUAAUUGACAGUUUAACUCUGUAUAACCUGAAUAUCGGAUUUGGCACUCCUUCCACCUCUCCCGCCUCAUUAAUUCAAAACUUCCAUUUUUUCAAAAAUAUAUUUUCAUCACGGUCUAAUAAAAAUACAUAUUUUUAUAGCUUUAAGACGAUUCCGUGCACGCCAAUCUAUUAUUCAUCAUAAUUAACGAAAAUAUAUCAUUCACUAUUAUCUACAACAAGAAUAAUUGAUAUUGUUAUAUGUAUGGCUAUGAGUCCAGAUGACAGGUCGUCCCAAUUAUGAUCACCAACAAUGUCAUUGUGAUUAGAUCAUAUAUCCCCUACCAUUUAUUCUAAUAUUAUGUCUAAUUAAGGUCUUCCUUCAAUUACUUAAUAUUUAUUAAUUAUUCUCAACAUUGUCACUUGAAAAAUUAAGGGUUGGGAAAAAUCGUGGUUUUUUUCAACAAUUAACGGCUAAUUACCCAAUACAAAAUGAAAUUUCGUAGAGCUUUUUAUUAAUUUUAGAGGACUAGACCUGUAUCCCAUCAUGACGCGAGAUUUAAGUAAUUUAUUCAUUGAUUAACCAAAAUUUAUUGAUCCCCCACAGGAUAUAUAUUGUAUGAAAAUGCUCAUGGCUCUUUUAAAUACUUCACUAUGACAGACAACCGAAAAUUAUUAUAUUAUUCAACUGAUAAAUGAGAAAGAAAAAUCUAGUUGGUAUCAAAUACGUUGAAAAAAAAUUGUACGAGAAAUAAUCAAAUGGCAUGCAUUAUACAUGAAUUAUGAAUAUAUACGAUAGAUAUGAAAAGUAACUGAAUUAACUUGAAAAAAAAACAUUAGAUGGUAUCAUUACUGUUAAUAAAUGUAAUGUUAUCGCAAAAAGGAAUCUAUGGAUCGUACCUCGCGCUAAAUUGCUGAAUGUUGAAUUACAUAAAAAAAAAAGAAUGCAGAAGAUUUUUGCACUGAAUUAUACACCUAUGAAUUUAUCAUUUUUUAGGCUUUAAAAAAAUGUGAGUUUUGCGAGAGUGAGAUCCUGAAAGUUAUAUUUAAUCGAAAUAAAAUCGUGUCAAAAAUAGGGCUACAAGAUAAAGAAAAAAUAUAAUGGUUAGAUGUUGAACGUUUUACUUGAACCGAAAUGUAGCCAUUAAUGUAGGUGACUCCGUCAAAAAAGCCUACGACUGUUUCGAUUUGUUACUUAGAGUUUAAAUCGGAUAAGUCCAUAAGAUCGAUAUCAUCGUUCAUUUAACAGAUUCAUAUUGCGUUGAAUAUUGUCUAAUAUUACGAAGAAAAUUGACAAGCUGUUAAAAUUGAUGAGCAGGAGAAAGUAAAGAAAAAAAAAAAUCAUUGGCAAUCAGCGCAUACAAUACACACUGAUUAUCAAAUAAUUGAUAGAGGACAUUUUACUAACAGACUCUCCUUUAAUUUAAUGUACCAUUACGUUUUACAACUAUUAUUUAACAUUUCUCGAAUUAUGGGAAUGGCCUAAACAGCAGUAGAGGUAUAUGGAUAUAUCUGGUCACGAUAUAGGAUUGUUGGAAAAUUAAUAUAAUAAAAAAAAUGUCUUUCAUUAAUUUAUCGAGAGAAUAGGAAUACAAAAUGAGAUUGAGUACAAGGAAGACAAGUGAAAGCUCCAUUGGUGGUUCGUGGUAAUAAAUAAACGCUAGUGAUAUCCUGAAUAAACAUAUGUUUAAAUAUAUGAAAAAAUAUAUGUAUAUGACAUAAAAUUACUGAUAAGUGCAAAGAAAGGUAACUGCGAGAAAAAAAUAUCGCAAUGUUAUUGAUUUAUUUUGUUUUUUUCAAAUGUGAAAGAGUAAAAAAUUGAAACAGACAAAAAACUACGAUAAUUCAUCGUUCUAACGAUUUAUGGAGUUAUUUUUCUAAAUAAAAAUAUUAAAAUUCUUUAUUUUGGCGAUUAAAUGAACUGAAAAUAUAUCAGGAGGCAUUUUUUUCGUAUAGUCUCAAUGUGCUAUGCAAAUCAUUGCGGCUGGACUGUGAAACAGCAGCCUCGGGUAUUCGAAAAUAUUUUCACUGUAGACUUUUACAAGUGUUCAUUUAUUUGGACGUAGUUAAUAAUUGGGCCGGUGACGGUGCACUUAAUCUACUCACUCUGCUAUGAUAACUCUUACAGAAGAUACUGCUCGUCGAGAUUAACCUGCUGUUUUUUCUCUUGAUGAAUCCCACAAAUUUUGACGAAUUAUUGAUGCACAAAUUGAUGAUUUUUUUUUAUCGAUGCACAUUAAUUUUUUAAUGCAAUUAUUGGGAACAAGAGGAAUCAUUCAUAAAUACGUAACAAGUUGUUAAGAUGCUCUCUCAGUGUAAUGUGCAAUACAAUGUAUUGUUGUAGGCAGCGAAACGAUAAAAUCUUGUAAUCAAGAAGUGAAGGAAGUUCUCAAAUUGCCAGCUGAUUAUUUUGCAAACAUCAUUGAAAUUUGAGGGUACAUGAAAGAAUAUCAAAAAAUCUUAUCUUUCAAAUUUUUGUUGAAAAAAUCCGCUCGGUAUUCUUUCGUUGAUCCCCUUGUUUCCUCAAUAUUUGCAAAGGACGUCGAUAAUCCAAUUUGAUGUUUUUCUAUUGAAUCACUUCAGUAUUCUACAUCUGUAGGUAUUCAUUAUCUUGCAUAAUUAUUGCAAAUAAAAGUUACUCAAAGUUUGCCAAUAAACAGGAACUUGUAUGACUUGAAAUAAAAGGUAAGAGUUUGCAAUUCAAAUUAUUCUCUUUUUUUUUUAACAAGACAUUUUUUUCUUGAUUAAUUGACUACCACAGAACUACCCUACCUAUUAAAUUUUUGAAGGGAACCGCGCACCUAUGUAUUAAUAAAAUUCUAAGACCACAACUAUUUUUUACGAUUCAAGAAUAUCGUAAGAGGUCUGCUUCAUUCAUGUUCCGUAAUGGUAGACGUAGCAAUGAAAAAUAUUAAUAAGAGAUGAGAGCUGAGACGAGAGUGUUGUAUGUGUGAUGUUACAUGUAUGUAAGUCAUGUUAUGUGUAAUGUCAUGUAUCCUGAGAUUAGACGAAAAAAAAAUGAUAAAGGGAUAUUGACAAAGUCAAAUAUUAACACAAUAGAAAACAGAGAUGGUGUGUCAUUGGUGGAAUGUAUUACAUGUAAUGGAGUUACGUUUAAAAUACAGCCAUUUUAUAAUGGACACAACAUUCA